AUGUCUCUGCCCGCCAUGAUGGCAAGAAAGGUGGCGUCGCUGAAGGCCGACGACAUGAAGGUGGAGUCAGUGAUGGUGGCCAAUGACCGUGCCGUCAUUGCGAAGAUCCACAUGCUCGGUAUGGCCGACCGCGCCGUCAUCGCUAAGAUUCUCCACUUAUCUAAGUACAGAGUUACCACCAUGGAGUACGUGACGAGGCUGCUGGAGCUGCUCGACCUUGAGCUUAUGACCAACGUCAACAUGAUCACCACGGACUACUGGAUGGCCACCAUGUCCGGCUACGAGCUCCUCAGGUGCAUCAAGAGUUACAAAACAUUGUUUGUGUGA